GUGUGUUUGACGUUUACUAUUCAAAAUACACUCAAACUAAGCCUAAAAUUGACGCUAGUUCAAUGCAUAUGGGCUUGCUAUCAUAAUUUUAGAUAAACAAGUGUCGUUUAUCGCAAAGCAAAAAAAAAAUCCCAGUGACUUGACUGAAACGUCGUUAUUUGCACUGGCCAAGUAAAACGAUACAUCAUUUAUUGGAAACACGUCAACCAAAAUGGUAUUGGAACGACGGGCCGAUUUUUGUGUUUUUAUUAUUUCAAUCAGCAUUUUGUGUAUAAAAUCGUGCAUUGGGUCAGAAAUCAACCGGGAUGAGACGCGUUCGAAAAAUGAUUUUGACAUACUGAUUUUUACCCAGAGAUGGCCCAUCACCGACUGUAUGACCUGGAUGAAUAAGGGAAACGAUCAUGUGUGCAUUUUGCCAUCGCAAAAAGACACAUGGACCAUCCAUGGUGUUUGGCCCACCAAAUAUCGAACCAUGGGCCCGUUCUUUUGUAAUGAUUCAGCACCAUUCGAUAUUAAUACACUAGAACCGCUGAUGGAUCAAAUGAAACAGUAUUGGAUUAAUAUUGAAAAAGGAACACCUGAAGCAUCAUUAUGGCAACAUGAGUGGCUUAAGCACGGCACAUGUGCCAGUGUUUUGGCCGAGUUGAGCACGGAGAACAAGUACUUUGGACAAGGUUUGACAUGGCUUCAAAAAUACACGAUGAAUAAAUUGCUUUCGAAAUCCAGCAUCGAACCCGGAUCACAAUACAAUGCCGUUGACUUUCACAAUGCGAUCAAAAGUGCAACAAAUACGAAUCCAUCGAUUCACUGUGUUCGCGAAAAACACCAUACUGGCGAACAGUAUCUAUCGGAGAUUAAAAUCUGUUUCGACAAAAAGUUGGAAUUAGUCAAUUGCAAUGGAGUUUUAGGACUGCCAAAAACAUAUUUCGAUGAUGAUGUUAUCACGAACUGCGAUUUGAAUGUUCAAAUCAACUACCCCAGCACAUUGCCACAACAUUUGCUGAACGAUUUCGAUCGUGAGUCGAUCAAGCCCGUUUGGCGUUUUCCUUGGGUCAAUCUCUAUAAAUUGAUUCAACUCAUCAAAUGGUUUACACUUUAAAAUGCAUCAACUCAACAACAACAAAAAACCCACUUAUUCGAUAUUACAUAGUCCAUUCAAAAAUUGUACCAUUUCGCCCGAGUUUAGGAAAAAAACACAUUUUUAUUGAAAUUGUAAAGUAUUCAGGAAUCUAAAUAGCAUAUCAUUUUGGAUGACGGACUUUUUUUUAGGAAAAUAUAACCGUGACAUAUAUACAAGGAACUGCUUCUCUAUUUUGCACAUUGUUAUUUGUACCGCAUAAGUAGGUAGACAUGUCAAUUGUAUAUAUAGGUGUAUUUAUUUAUAACUUGUAGCCGAUAAGGAAUUUUUUUUUUGAUCGACAAAAAGAGAGACACCAAACCGUAUUGAUGUACCGUAAUCAAAUUUUACUGAAAGAAUUUCGUAUAGAAUCCAAUUUUUCCAUUGUUUGUAUUGAAAUUUUUGCACAACUGAUGAUCGAGCAAACACAAGACGUGAACGUAACUUAAGCAAUAGAUUUUCACACUUUGUAAUUCAUUGAGCCAUUGAGUCUAAUAUUUGAAUAGCAUAUAUUUGUAUCUGCACAUACGGUGAAAAUAAUAAAUGGCAAUAGAGCGAGAAAAAAAAA